AGGUAGGUAGAUGGGCGAGCUAUGGAAGCCAUGGUGAUCAGGAAAUUGGUAAUAGCUCUUGUGAUGGCGGUGUAUAGGAUUCUUGCGGUUCGAUCGGGCCAGUCCAGCAGCGGCAGCAUUGUCAGCCCCGAUUCCAUGUUUGCAUUUGGGGAUUCUUUGAGCGACACCGGAAACGAUGCCUCGGCGUUCCCUGGAUCAAAGCCCUCGCUCCAUUACGGCCAGACUUUCUUCCGCAAGUUUGCUGGCCGGGCCUCGGAUGGGAGGCUUCUCAUUGAUUUCUUGGUUCUUGUUCUUUCUCCGAAACUUUUAGCGCAAGCAUUUGGUCUUCCAUUCCUUAGCCCCUACUUGCAAGGUUUCAAUGCGGACUAUCGGCAUGGAGUCAACUUCGCGGCUAGAGGAGCCACUGCUCGCAGCACCUCGAUCGUGACACCGUUUUUUCUUAGUGUUCAAGUCAGCCAGAUGAUCCACUUUCGCGAAGCUGUUCUUGCUGCUCCACAAGCCACUCCACUCCUCCCAAACUCGACUGUGUUCUCCACGGCGCUCUACGUGAUCUACAUUGGGAUCAACGAUUUCUGGCAAAAUCUAAACAACAAUCGCAUGACCAUCCAGCAGAUAAACUCGACCGUGGUUCCUCAGUUGAUACAAACAGUACCCAAAGCUUUGGAGAGGCUCUACCACGACGUUGGCGCGAGAAAGUUUCUUAUUGUCACUGUUCCUGCCGUGGGAUGCCUUCCAGUCGUCUUGAGUGAGUUUGGAUCCUCCAGUUCGGAAGAUUACGAUGCCAGUGGCUGCUUGCGAGCUUUCGACGAUGUCGUGGGGUCGUACAACGCACGGCUGCGCGCUCUGGCUCUCGGUUUCGCGGGGAAGUUUGCUCAAGCUCGAGUCUUCUUUGGAGAUAUCUUCGCGGUUCACAAGGAUGUGAUUGCCAAUCCCGAGCUUCACGGAUUUGCGCCAAGCUCGAAGUUGAGUGCUUGCUGCGGUGGCGGCGGCAAACUCCAUGAAGCCGUGAAGCAGUGCGGGGUGAUUGCCACGCCGGUUUGCGAGUCCCCGUCCUCCUACAUCAGCUGGGACGGGAUCCAUUUCACUGACGCGUUCAAUCGCGUUGCCGCUGCCAGUAUCCUUGGAUCGAUUCCAUCAAUUUAGAUAGAGCAUUCUUGUUGGAAGAACAUGAGCGUUUGCGUAAAGCUGUUUGUAUCAGUUGUCUGGCGACAGAAACACGCAUGGAUCAGAGCUAGGUUGAAAGGAAAGAAAGAA